AUGUCCUUAGCAGAAACACGUUACAGGCUCAGAGUCAGCGCAGGACCAAGCGCAGAUCCAAAGGACCUCAAAGUACUCCCCGUCAACGACGAUGCCAACCCUACUUUGAUUGAAUCCGACGAGUUUAUCGGCCAGAUCGUCGUCCGCAUCAAGGACCUUGACAAGACCUUUGGGUACAAGGAAGGCCAAGAACAGGACUCGCUAGGGAUCAUUCCCGAAAGCCCUUGGUUCUCUCUUCCCGGGGGGGACAGCAACCUUAGCUCUGUCCAGAUCUCGGGCAGGUUCAAGCGUGAGUGGCCUGGUGAACAGGUUGUCUUUGGUAAUCAAUUUGAGAAACCAUUGCGCCUACCACCCUUCUCUUCAAUCGCUCUCAAGUUCAUCCAGUUCAUCGAUCCAGGCCUCAAGGCAGAUAUCUACUGCGACCGCCCUUGGGCCUUCAGCCCCCUGAUCGCAACCAUGAACACCGUCAACGUCUCGGGAUGGCAUCUCGACAAGGCCACACAAAAGAAGGUUGAAGAGCACGGGCAGGAGGAAGACAAGGAGCGUCUCGAGAAUGAGCUCCCGCCGUGGCCCUCACCACAGGGUGAGCAUAUCGUCGAGGACACCACUUUGCUCUUCCAACCAGAUCGCCAUAACAGGGAGGAACACGAGGACACAACAUCAACAUCGAAGGGAGAGAUUGCGCACGCGCACGAGCACGAGAACAAAAAGGAGGAAUUGACUAUGGCUCCGACUCAACCGACAGUCCUCAAUACCUCUGCACGUCGAUCGUACUUUGCAAAAGAGGCCAACCUUACCAAGCAUCGCUAUCGCCCUGACCAAGUCUACGGGUUUGAUUUCUUCAACCCCUAUCUUGAUUUCGCCAACUUUACGCUCAAGGUUCCUGGCUUUAGCGUUGACAUCACCAAGUAUUGGGACGGUCAGCCGCUGACAUACAUCAUCAAGUCGCAGGACUCGUCCGUCACCUUCAUGGCCUUCCAGUUUGAGCUGAUCCCGGUCAAGGACAUCGUCAUUGAGUAG